AUGACGGCCGCCCCUCACCUCCGCUCCAUCUACCGCUCCCUCUUGCGCGAGCUCCCACCCCGUCCCGUCCUCGCUCGCAAGCGCCCCCCAAUCCACAACCGCCUGCGAGCCAGCUUCGCCCCGACCAAAGAUAACUCCCUCGAGGCCGACACCGCGGCAGUUGCUGCCGCCGAGGCUGAGCAACUCGCCGCUUAUCUCCGCGCACAGCGUACCUACGUCACCCUCCUCGAGCGCUACAACCCCGGCAUGGACAUGGACGAGGAGGAGCGCGUGCGCCUGUCGGCCCGGAGGGUUGGCAUGGACCUGCCCAAGGAAUUCAAAGACCGUCUUAAUUGA